AUGAUGCUGCCAAGCAUGCGACGCUCCGCCCUUGCGCCGUUCCGCCUCCGGCCGACCGCCGUCUCCCGGCGGUGCAGCACCGAGGUGAGGCCGCUUGCAGCCGUACUCGCCGCCGAAUACGGCCGCAGACAGAGCGUGGAGCACAAGCUUGGCACGCUCGACAAGACGCAGCUGUCAGACGUCCUCCUCGGCUUUGUCAAGCGCGGUGAGCUGGCGUCGUCGCAUGUUCUCGAGAACAUGCCGGCGGUCAAGCCAGAGAUCGAUCACGGUGCAGAGAGGAUGCUCAACGCCCCACCGCUGUCCGACCUCCGCUUUGCUCUCGGAACCGCCGUGGAGUGCCGGCUCGGAGUGGACGAGUGGGUGCGCGGCGUCGUCAUCGGGCACCACUACCGCGAGGCCUCCUGGCCGGAGGAGCAGCUUGCUCCUUACCAGGUCCUGCUCGACGGAGACGACCUGACGUCACGCACAGUCUGGGCACCGGCCGACUCGGACGCUUGUAUCCGCGCGACAGUCCGCUUCAGCAUCGGCGCUGCGGUGGAGUGUUGCGUCGGGCAAGACCAGUGGCUGCCCGGCAUGGUCGUGGCGCACUACUACCGCGAGGCGAAUUGGCCGAUGGAGAUGGUCGCGCCGUAUCGAGUCCUGCUCGACAAUGCGAGCCUCAGCAAUGGACUGACCGAGGUGUUUGUGUGGGCGCCGCUCGACACCGACGACUGCAUCCGGGCGAUGCCGCCCUUCGACGUCGUCGAGUUCCUCGAGGCGAGGCGCGCGGCGCAGGAGGCGGAGGACGCCAAGACGAUGGAGAACUUCAGCGUCGCCGGCUUCCUCGAGGAGAGGCGCGCCGCGCAAGAGGAGGCACGCCGCGCGGACGAGGCUGCGGCCCGUUCGCCCGCCGACGAGGAGUUCGCCGGCAAGGCUGGGCUCUUUGCUGCACUCUCCAACGAGCCGCGCGGAGAGCCAGCAGAGAAGCGGAGCACCGGCUGA